AAAUUUGCCCAUUUUUAUUUAUACCAUCUCAACAAUUUAUACUCGAUCAACAAUAUUCUUUAAUAUCUAAUGAACAACAUUGGUCUAAUGAACAUUCUAUUUCUGCAUUACCAUGCAAUUCAUUCGAAAGUAAUUUAUUCGAAGAAAAUAUUAUGAACGAUAUUACUAGUUCAGUUAACAAUAUUAGCGAUGAAGAACCAUGUCAACUUUUUGAAGAGUAUAAAUCUAUUUUACAAGAUGCUCUUACUAUUGUGCAAGAACAACAUGCAGCAA